AUGGGGAGUGCAGACGGCGAACGCGUUGGCAGGACGGCUCAAACUUCUCUCUACGUCAGUCACUUCCACAGCCGGAGCAGCAUGGCCUGGCUGGAGGAGGCGGAGGACUGGAAAACCCCCGGCGCUGUGUUUUCUGACCUGAACUGGCCCGGUGCCUGCAUCCCCUCCAGCGACAAGGAGAACCCCUGGGUGCUCAGGAAGACGGAGCAACCCGCCUCUCCUCCGUCCAGGACUCCGGAGCAGAGGCUGGCCGCUCCCUGGGCCGCCCAGCACCCCCUCCCCGAGGCGGAGGGCCCGGUGGAGGAGCACUGCCUGGAGCAGGUCCAGACCAUGGUGGUGGAGGAGGUGCUGAGAGACGUCAACACCGCCUGCAAGCUGCUCAGCAUCCCUCCAGACCCGUUGGACUGGAGCUGUGUGCAGGUUCAGAAGUGGCUGCUGUGGACCGAGCACCAGUACCGCCUGCCACAGACCAGCGCCUUGUUCCAGGAGAUGUGUGGGAGAGACCUGUGCUUCCUGACCGAGGCGGACUUCAAGCAACGCUGCUCACAGUUCGGAGGCACCCUGUUCGCCCACCUGGACAUCUGGAGAUCAGUGUUUGAUGAGGCGCCCUGGCUGGACGUGAAGUCGAAUUACCCCAACCAGCCCAUCCAGCUGUGGCAGUUCCUCCGGGAGCUGCUCCUCAAGCCCCACAGCUACAGCCGCUGCAUCCGCUGGCUCAACAAAGACAAAGGAAUCUUCAAAAUAGAAGACUCGGCUCACGUUGCCCGACUGUGGGGCAUCAGGAAGAACCGCCCGGCCAUGAACUAUGACAAACUGAGCCGCUCCAUACGCCAGUACUACAAGAAGGGCAUCAUCCGGAAGCCUGAAGUAUCCGGCAGACUGAUCUACCAGUUCGUCAUCCCUGUAUGAUGAAGAGGACGAUGGGAAGAGAGAGAUUCUGGACAUACAGUGAGAGAAGAGUUUGAUGUAGAGACUGCCUACUGCAACAUGCACUCCUGCCUAUCCUUACUUUAUUG